CUUAAUCUGGCGACAUGGGAUUCACCGCAUUUCUACCCAGUUUGGAUGCUUUGCGGACGAGGAUUUGAUACGGGAAUUGUGGGAGGGUGGCGGAAAUAAGUGAGAAGAGGACGGAAGUUUGCCGUGAUAUGUGCGCGCAGUUAGAUCAUAUGGCAGGUGUCAGAAAUGAUGUGAUGGAUAUGUGAGAGGCUGGCCUUGAAGUUGGAGGGGAAGAUGGAGGGUUGCUUUGAUCUCCAAAACUUAACGAAGCCCUAUCGCAAAUUGACCCCGGUGAUCUCGACCAGUACCUGUUUGUUUGGAUCUUAAUUUCGAAUGUGAAUAAUCACCGAGGCCGCUUCACCAACAUCAGAAAACUUGCCAUCUUUUCUCACCCAUCCGACAUGGUCUCUCUCUUCGACACACCCUUCGACUUUCUCCAAGACAAAAAGCGCAUCUGGCUCGGCAGCCCAGGAAGCCGUGAAGAAGGCCUCGGAAAACUCUCUAUUCUAACCCCCGACAUCGUCGCCAAGGCCGCAUCAGAAAUCCAAACUGGACGUAGAGUCACGCUCGGAUGGGACUUGACAAAGCUUGAAGUCGCGGGCUUCAAUCGACAACCAUGUGGACAUGAAAUAGUGCCGUUGUUGCACGGGUUUGCGUUCGACGAUAUAUACACUUUUAAUCCACAGCAGAGUAGUCAGUGGGAUGGCCUCCGUCAUUUCUCACAGCCGAUUCCUGGGACUGCAGGGAAAGAUCCAGCAUCGGAGCGCGUGUUCUACGGUGGGACGACAGCUGCGAAGAUUCAAGAUCGGAAGAAUACUCGGAUUGGGCUUCAGCAUUGGGCAAAGGAGGGAAUUGCGGGUCGUGGGGUGUUGAUUGAUUAUGCUUCAUGGGCAGAGAAGAAAGGGAUUCAGUAUUCAACGUUCUCGCUGCACGCAGUAAAGCUUUCAGACAUCCAGGAGAUUGCAAAAGAAUCAGGGAUCAAGUUCCGGAGAGGCGAUGUCCUGUUCAUCAGGAUAGGCAUGACGAAGGAGUGGGAUACGAAAAUGACCAUAGAGCAGAAGAACACCUAUGCAGCAAGCUCGAAUCCUCAACAUGCAGGUGUUGAAGGCUCUGAAGAGGUGCUGAGAUGGAUAUGGGAUUCGAAGUUUUCCGCUGUAGCUGGAGAUGCGAUCAGUUGGGAGGUGUAUCCACCAAAAGACCCGAAUUGGUUUCUCCACGAGUACCUCCUUGCCGGUUGGGGGAUGCCAAUUGGCGAGAUGUUUGAUCUGGAGGAACUCUCCUGCAUUUGCAAACAGCUAGGGAGAUGGACGUUCUUUGUUGCGUCGACGCCAUUGAACAUGCCUGGAGGGGUAUCUUCGCCGCCGAAUUGCAUGGCAGUUUUCUGA